UAAGCUGCUCCGUAAACGCACACUACUCCCACUAUAAAACCCUAGGCCGCGAUACCCAUCUCUCCCUCUCAUCCCAAAACCCUACUUUUUUUAGGGUUUUUGCAGAACCAGCUCUGCGGCAGCCAAAGCAAUUCUUAGUUUUUCUUUGUCCUCCUCCUUAUUAAUCUUUCAGAUAUGGGCAAAUCUAGCAAGAAAUCCACCAAAGUCGAUGCAGCUUCUGCUGUAGCGCAACCCGUCAAAUCUGGGAAGAAAGGUAAGAGAGAAGCUGAAGAGGCGGUAGAGAAGAUAGUGAGUGCCAAGAAGCAGAAGAUAAACGUUGGGACAAAACAGGCUGUUGAGAAGAAGAAGAGCGAGGCUAAGACCGUGAAGAAGAAAAUCAAUAAGAAAGAAGAAACCAGUAGCUCAGAGGAUGAUUCUUCAGAUUCUGAAGAAGAACAGAAGGUUAAGGUAGCGCCAAAGAAGGUAGUAAUUCCUGUAAAGCCGCCCGUUGAAGAGUCUAGUAGUGAUGAUUCUUCAUCGGAUGAAGAGGAACCUGUCAAAGCUGUUCCUUUGAAGAAACAGCCAGUACUUGCUUCUAAAAAUGGCACUGCAGCUGCCCCAGCUAAAAAGGACAAGGUGUUUGACAGUUCUGAUUCUGAGGAAGAGAGUGAUUCUGAUGAAGAUUCUAAAAGCAAGGUAGCUGUACCUGCAAAAAAAGUGCCUGUAGUUUCAGCUAAGAAUGGUGCAUUAGCAGCUCCAAAGAAAAUAGACGAAUCCAGUGAUGAUUCUGAUUUGGAUGAAAGUGACAGCACAGAUGAUGAUAAAAAAAGAGCUCCCACUACUCAAGGGAAGGAGCCUGUUGCUGUGCCGCAAAAAGUGGAGGAAGUGGAGGAAACGAGUGAGUCAUGCACUGAUGACUCGUCAGAUGAGGAAGAUGAUAAGAAGACCUCCCAAGCCAAGAAGUUGCCGUCAACUGCUGGUAACAAAGUUUCUGUUCCGUUUGUCAAGAAGAAAGAGGAAUCAAGUGAUAGUUCAGAAGAAUCCUCGGACGAUGAAGAUGAUAACAAGGCAAAGGUAACUUCUCAAGCCAAGAAGUUGCCAACUUCUGGUUCAAAGAACGUUCCAGUGGUGGCUUCCAAGAAGGGAACUGAAACAAGUGACAGCUCUGAGGAUUCUGAAUCAGAUGAAGAUGAGGCCCCAGCAACCAAAGUUGUCUCGUUAAAAAGGCCAUCUUCUGCAGCUGAAACAAAGAAGGCAGACAGUGAUGAUGAUAGUGAUGAAGAUAGUGGCGAUGAAAGCGAUGAAGAGCCUCAAACAAAAAAAAUGAAAUCCCCGACCACUGUUGCACCAAAAGCUGGAAAGCAAAAUGCAAAAGCUACAGAAGAAACUUCCAGCAGUGAGGAGGAUGGUUCUGAUGAUGAGCCUACAACAAAGGCACAACCAGUAAAGAAGGUUAAAGAUGUUGAAAUGAUUGACGCGACAUCACCAAAGAGCAAAAAGGUUGAUGCCAAUUCUGUUAAAAAAGCUCCCCAAACCCCAGUUACUCCCCAAGUUCAAGGUGGAGGAUCAAAAACCUUGUUUGUUGGCAACCUGUCUUUCUCGGUUGAACAAGCUGAUGUGGAGAACUUUUUUAAAGAUGCUGGUGAAGUUGUUGAUGUUCGCUUUGCAUCAGAUGGUGAAGGAAUGUUCAAGGGUUUUGGACAUGUAGAAUUUGCCACAGCAGAAGCUGCACAAGAGGCUCUCAAGUUGGAUGGUCAAGAUUUGUUGGGUCGUAGCGUGAGACUUGAUUUGGCGAAGGAAAGGGGUGCCUACACUCCAUUUAGCGGAGAAAAGAGAGACUCGUAUCAGAAGGGAGGGAAAGCUCAAGGACAAACCAUUUUUGUCCGUGGUUUUGAUAUAAGUGGUGGAGAGGAACAGAUAAGGAGUUCUCUGCAAGAGCAUUUUGGUACUUGUGGAGAGAUGUCAAGGGUAUCUGUUCCGACAGAUCGCGGGACCGGACAACUUAAAGGGAUGGCUUACAUCGAUUUCACUGACAGUGAUGCUUUUAACAAAGCUCUAGAACUCAGUGGAUCUGACAUUGAAGGUUAUUCCUUGACGGUAGAGGAGGCAAAGCCAAGAGGAGAUAGUCGUGAUAGUGGUGGCAGAGGUGGUGGUCGGUUUGGUAGCCGAGGUGGUGGUGGUCGGUUUGGUGGUAGAGACAGUGGUGGUCGGUUUGGUGGUAGAGGUGACCGAGGUGGUGGCCGCAGUGGAGGUGGCCGGUUCGGAGGUGGAGGCCGAUUUGGAGGUGGAGGUAGAGGACGUGGAACGCCCAACAAACCAAGCAUGGCUACGCCUGGUACAGGAAAGAAGACAACUUUUGAUGAUUAGGCUUUUUGCAUGGAGGGAGGAAUUUUGAAGAAUGAUAUUUGGGGUUCCUCUAGUUUUGUUUUAGUUUUUCAUUUAUAUGUUUAUUAUUAUUUGUUUUUUGAGAGAUCUAGUUGCUGCAUGGUUUGACUUGAGACUGGAAUUAUAUUUGUUUAAACUCCCUUGUUGAAAAAUGAGACAAUACUAAACAUGGUGAGGACCUUGCAUUGGUAAGUUGUUUACUGCACUAGGUAUCUAUACUUUGCUGGUAUGUUUUUAUUUGCUUCCUGAUAAUUUUCAUA